GUAGGAUGGUGGUGGAUGAAUAGAAUGUGUUAGAAGGAGGUGUUGGGUCAAGACUGGUAGGAAACAGCAGAAGAAGGGUGUGCGUGUCUGUGCUAAUAUUUACCUUCACACCACAUUCGUUCAAAGGGCAGAGGAAGAGGGGCUUGCGGUUGGGGAAGAUGUGUGAAUAUUGGGAGCUGAAGUUGUCAGCGAUAACCAACAGCUGUUUUUCUUGAGUUCAGAAACAUACGGCGUUCAGGGGGGAACCAUGAGUUCAGCAAAUAUCUUGACUUUGGCGCUGACUGUCACGUUCGUCUCGGUGAUACCUCAUUCUUCUGCCUUCUGGCUCUUCAAUGUCGUCUUCCCGCCGAACGCGACGCAGCCUCUCUUCCGAAGCAACGACACUCCGCCGCUUAUCAUCGUGCCCGGGAAUCUGGGAAACCGUAUGGAAGCUAAGAUAGACAAGCCAACACUGGUCCACUGGAUGUGUUACAAGAAAACCCAGGACUGGUUCCCACUUUGGAUAGACCUCAACAUGUUCAUGCCGAUAGGCGUCGACUGCUGGAUUGACAAUAUCAAACUGGUCUACAACAGCAGCACGCGGCGGUCCACCAACUCUCCGGGCGUGGAGGUGCGCGUUCCGGGGUUCGGACAGACCCAUUCCAUAGAGCACCUGGACACACACAGGCUGGCAGGUUACUUUCACACCAUGGUCCAGCAUUUGGUCAACAUGGGAUACGCUCGAAACGAGACUGUACGAGGAGCGCCCUAUGACUGGAGACUAGCCCCAAAUGAGAACGAGGAGUAUCUCUCCAAGCUGAAGGGGCUGGUGGAGGAGAUGUACGAUCAGUACCAGCGCCCUGUCCUCCUGCUGGGUCACAGCAUGGGCUGCCACUACGUGCUGUACUUCCUCAACCAGCAGCCACAGGCCUGGAAGGACAAGUUCAUCAAGGGCUUCAUCUCUCUGGGCGCGCCUUGGGGCGGGGCGAUCAAAACGCUCAGAGUCAUGGCUUCAGGUGAAAAUGAUGGUAUUCCCAUGAUUUCAAACCAGAAGAUCCGUGAAGAGCAGAGGAUGGUGACCUCAAACCCCUGGAUGUUGCCCUUUGUGGACGUGUGGCCGAAGGACCACGUCUUCAUCUCCACACCCAACGCCUCCUACACCAACCAGGACUACCAGCAGUUCUUCUCAGACCUCGACUUUGAAGAUGGCUGGAAUAUGUGGGAAGACACCAAGAACCUGACUUCCGCUCUGCAAGCCCCGGGCGUUGAGGUUUGGUGUAUGUACGGCGUGGGUUUGCUCACUCCGGUGUCCUACAUCUACGACGACAAGUACCCCGACUCAGACCCGGUGGAGUACGUGUACGACGAUGGGGACAACACGGUGGACACCCUGAGCAUGAGCCAGUGCAAGCGCUGGAUAGGGCAGCAGGAGAAGCCGGUCCACGUCACCGAGUUCCGAGGGAUGCCUCACCUGGAUAUGGUGUUCCACCACAAGGUGCUCGCCCUGAUGCAGCAGAUUCUGGAGGGCAAUUCAGACACCCCUGAGGAAAUCGAUUGCAGAAAUGAUAAUGUACAAAAAAGCAGCCAUCGCGAUUCAUAACAGCACAAACCUUGGAACUUGACUAUUCUACAUAACAGGUAGAAUUUAGUGGUGUAGUGAUAAAAGAUAUGAUGCAACAAAUAAGAUUAUUCCAGAUAGUGAGCUGCUACAAGGAUAUCCCCGCACAGCCGUUUACUGCUUUGUAAUAAACUGUGACUAUGUUUUCAAUGUUAAUAUUGUGGUUUAGUGAUAUUGUCAAUGGUCAUUUUACCAUUUUUCAGAUGAUACAGUACAUAUUACACAUACAUUACACGCAAUAUCAUAAUAACUAUGAGUAUCAUUGUAUUUUUAUUGACCAAUGUUAUGAAGAAAAAGUUCAUGAUUUAUUCUUUUUUCUAAGGAACAAUAAAUAGUUUUGUAUA